AUGGCGGUGGUUAACGCGGCAGUAAUUUGGCUGAUAAUAGCGGCUGUUGUGGGGAUAAUUUUACUCAUAGCUACUUUUGUGGUGAACAGAAACAAGAAAAAAAAUAAGAAAGGUGGGUUUUUUACUACUUCUUUGAAAACUUCUACAGAUAAAAUCAGUACCAAGCAUAACCAAAUGUUAAAUUUUAGGAACUUGAAUGCAUCAAAUAGACUACGUAUACCAAGCUUAUUCAUUCAUUUGUUGAAGGACUCAGUGGAAAUUCGCGUUUGAUAAUGAAAAGAAGUUUGAAAUGGGAGAAAUUCGUGAUCGCUCUAACAGAAAACGAUCGGAAAGUGGAUCAAAGUAACGGAAUAUUUAUAAUCUCAAAAUACGACGGUCUGAUACGAGUGCAAAGUAACUUGUGAGCAGAUUAUCAUUUUUUGUGCUCGUGUAAUAGAGAGUCAGUCUAUUGUACCUUAUUUUACCCCAUUCUGGAUUAUGAUGGGCAAGAUUUCCUUACUGUCCCGUGUUUCAUUAAGCAUCCAGUUCUUCAUAAAGAAAACAAUGGCGGAAACGAUACAUUGCCUUUGGAACUAUGGCUUUGUUUUAAUAUAAUUUGCCCUUAUAAUGUUAAAACUCUGCUGUCGAUUCUCAUAUGAAUGGUUUAUAAUGCAAGGUUCACCUGGUUACUCAUAUACAUGUAAAAGUGGUGUUUUGUUUUAUAAAAAUGGUAAUAUUCUAUAAUUUUUGCUUUUUCCUUUUUAAUGGAAUUGAUAUAUGGAAAGAUAAUGAUAAUUAUUAUGAUCAUGCUGAUAAUUCUCUCCUCUAACUGCCACACAUUUCCUUGUGCAGUAGUAGUGAGAAUUUGGUGUUCAAUUAAGAUAGCAACUUCUACCUGAUAAGUUUGAGUAUUCUCAUAACCCAUUUGCUGGUUAAUGUAAAAAUACUACAGGGAGACUUAUUUGCAAUGUAUGUAUUUAUUUGCAACAUUUAGACAGGCUGGUCCAGUUCAGCUCAAAGCUGGUUAAAAUGGGGGCCAGUAUAAACAAUGACAAGGCCACACCACAACAUAAGGAGCUAUGUUCUCAACUCUUUGUGAGAAUUCGGUGGGUUCUUUAACACCAUCUGCUAACCAGUGCAGAGAAGAUGCAGGAAGGGGGACUAUAUUUUACUGUCUUUAUCCAAGAAGACUAGAAUGUCUUACUAUUUUGUAGAUGUCAUCGCAAAGGCAACACAUUCACCUCAGUUAUUUUAAGACCCUGGGUGUUGGUCCAGUCUGGGGCUUGAAUCUUUAACCUCCUGCAAGGUGAUCUGGUGCUCUACAACAUGAGCAGUGUAGUUUAAUAUGUUCAUCAUUUCUAGGAGUUAAAGGAUGAACUGUGUAGCUUACAAACUUUUAUUGCUUCAUGAUAACAAGUAUAUCCAAGAAAAUAUCAUGAUAGAGUUUUUUUAAUAUGUUUAUUUGUUAGGUGCAUCUAGACAACCAGACCAAGUAGACAAUGUUAGGGAAGUUGGGGGAGCAAGGAGACGUGGAAGAACAGCUCAUUCACUGAUGACAUCCAGAAGGGUGCAUGAUGAUGAUGAUGAAGAUGAUGACGAUUAUGAAGGUGAUGGAUGAUAGAUAGAUAAAAAUUUAUUUCAUUGAAUUGAAUUUCUUUUUUGGCAAGGAGUAUUAGUCAAAAUUUCAAAUUUUAAUUUAUAUCUUGUAAUAGGGACAGAAAGUUACUCCAUGGGGUUUGAUAAUCAGAUGCCUGUGGGAAAAAUUGGAGCAAAAAAACAAAGGAAACUUGAGAUGAAAGAGGAGAAGAGACAACUCAGAGAGGUAUGAUUAUUACUGUUUAUGGAUAAUUGUUCAGAUAACUGAUAAUUUUGCCCUAAAGAGGAAUAUGUUCUGCUAUAAGUAAACAAGUUAAAACAUUUGGGAGCAAAAGUGGUAAAGGUGAACUUGUUUUACUUCAGGGGCAAACUCACAAAGGUGGUAGGGGCUAACUUGCAAUAGGGUGAAAUUUUUAGAUAGCAAGUUAAACAUUUCUUUGUUAAGUGUUUGUAAGAUGUGUAAGUUAUACCAAGCCAACAUGAUAUAUGAUAACUUUCUUGGACUAUACUAACUUUCAACUGUUUAUAAACCUUGUAAGGAGGAAGUAUUAAAUAUACACUUGUGGGACUGUGGAAGGGUUAUCUUGAUUAAAAAAAAAAUUAAUACCUGCACUUGUGUGAACACAUAAACUGCGGUGUUAUACAAGGAUUUCUGGCUCUGAGAAAAGCCAUAACAAAUCACACAUGAAAAAAUCAUAUGUUUUUUCACCCGUGUUGAUAUAGCCAAUCAGCUGCUGACACGUCAAUUGCCUUUGGCACCACUCAGUCAGGUUGAUGAAUGAACGGCAAAGCCUUCAUGAUUCUUAAUAAAAGUUCUUUGUUGGAGCUUUCUCGAAUUAUGGCGGCUAAAACACUAAAAAAUCUGUGUCGCUGACAGACUGUGAGGUUCAAACAUUCUUAGAAGGGGAAGGAAACCAAUAUAGUAAUAAAAAGAAAAACCAAAAGUCAGUGGCUUUGGUAUCAACAUUUCUCUCGUCUGAGAAUGAAAAUUGACUACUAGAAGAUUUGCCAGUGGCCAAUUUUGGCCAUUUACCUGAAAGACUUCUUCUGUCGAUGAGGACAAAGUCAAUAAAUGAGAAUUUGUAAAUUGAAAAUUAUGACCAUUGUUGUUUUUGUAAUUAUAAUUCAAUGCAUUUUUCCAUCUUAAGAGUUAAUGCCAAUGCACUCUAUGAUUGUUAUUUGUGGAUUGUUGAUUCAUUUGUUUUCAUUCAUCAAUGAAGUUGGCUUUUCUUCCCAGCAAAGGGCUAUUGUGUUUAUAUGAUAAACAACAUAAUACAUGGUUGCUUGUAGAUAUGAAAUUUUUAUUCUCGUGUUUAACUUGACAUCUCACUCGUUCUCUGCGCUCACUCAUGAGCUAUCAAGUUAAAUGCUCAAAGAGAAAUUCCAUAUCUACAUGCACACUCAUUUAUUAUUCUCUAUUUACUUCUGGCAAAAAUGCAAUUUUGAAUAUAAGAUACCAGUACUUGCAAAUGAAAAUAUGAACAAUUUGAGACCAUCAUAUAAGAAAUAGUGAUUUAUACCACCUAACUCAUGCUUCUAUUGGGCAUUUCAAUAAAAGCAGGUUACCAAGGGUCUACUACUACCUAUAGGACCUCUUACAGCUGUCUGUUUAGUGCCUGGAGCGGGCUCUCACUUGUGUUUAGCUUAUGUCUAAUUGUCCCUUUUUGGGCUCAGCCACCAAUUACAUCAUUGAUCAGCACGUAUAGAAAAAGUUAUCGUAACUCUUGUUUUACUUGUUCUGAGGGUUACUGUCUGUAAUUAGAUUUAAAAUUUGUGGUCAUCAUUUGGAGAAGAGUGCAUUGUUAUGAAACGUAUGUGAUGAUUGAAAUACAUUUUUCUUUGGAAAGCAAAUGGAAGCGGAGAGAGAAGACAAAAAGCAACGGGAAGCAUUACGUGAUGAAGAAAGGAAGAGACAAGAAGCAAGAAGGAGAAAAGAAGAAGAAAGACUGGUUUGUACUUUUUGUAGAGUUGACAUAUCCAUGUCAGUAUCUGAGGAACUGCACAUCUACAGCUCCCACAACCCAACAUUAACCUGUUAUUAGUUGACUGUUCUUGGGUUUGGGGUAGGUACACAGUUUCCCAGAGUCUAACUUUGUACUUUUUGUAGAGUUGACAUAUCCAUGUCAGUAUCUGAGCAACUGCACAUCUACAGCUGCCACAACCCAACAUUAACCUGUUAUUAGUUAACUGUUCUUUGGUUUUGGGGUAGGUACACAGUUGCUCAGAGUCUAACUUUGAUCCAAGUUUAAUCUAAUGAACAAGGUUUGGUUCUUCCUGAGGAAUAUUGUUCAACCAUUUUUAUUUUUCAUGGAAGGGUUUUUGGUAAAACAACCUACAGUGAAUACUCUUGGGGCCUAAUUGUUAUUUUUGUAGACCUAAUUAAAUAUUUUUGCACUCAAGAUCAUUUGCAUUCAGGCUGAUUAAUAUUAAGUUCAGCCUGUGUUUACUUUUACCAAUUGGAGCUUUUCUGUUUAACUGAUUUGGAAGAGAUAAACUCAGUUCUUUGAUGAGUUCACUUUGUUUUACUUGGCGCGUUUCAAUCAUUUAUCGACAACUUGUAAAGAACAACAGCAAAAUUAACUGACAAACUCUCUUCCACAUCAGCUAUAUGUAAACAGGGUUUUUACAGACAUUUCAUCUCACAAAAAUGAUAUUAAUGACUUAAAACAGGCAAAAAAAAGUAGUAUUAUUAGUAAAUAUACAUGUAGUCCAGAUUAAAACUCCUUAAUGAAUUUGUCUAUUCUAAAGAGACUACUGAACUGUAUGAACAAGUAAAUUAACACACUCACUUUGUUCACUUAAAAUUGUUAAGCCAAAGGUAAAUUAACCUCAGUAUGUGACAAUUGCAAAAGCUAAAGUUUGUAUUUGAGCGCAUCUAUCUUGCAAUGCAUAACCAAUUUUGAUCCAAACUUCAUUUCAGGAAGAAGAGGAACGUAAGAGAAAGGAGGAACAAGAACGGAAAGAACACGAAGAAUAUCUGUUGUUAAAAGAACAGUUUACAGUGGAAGAGGAAGGUGUUGGUGAGACAGCAGAAGAAGUAAGUCUAUCCAGUCAGGGAUUUCUUGUAGUAUUUAUUUAUUCCAGUAAAUUGGAGGUAAUGCAGAUCCAAAAUAUCAUCUGUGCUUGUUGUUUGAAUGGCUUUCCAGUUAUUCUUUUCUCAGUUGCCAUCCUGUCUAAAUGCAGCCCCAGUCCACUGUGUUACAAAACUGACCUGUUUGAGACUAUAGACUGUUGUUCUGAUUGAUUCCAAUGUUCAGUGAAAAAGGGCUAGGGACUAUUCAAGAGAGGAUAAAACUAGAAAUUAUUUUUAUUGAACUUUCAUAGAAGAUGAAUUAUAUACAUCACCAACUUUGUUCAAACUGACAACUACUAUAGUCCAUGAUUGUCAAUCUUAACAAUUUCAGCUUUACACUUUAAGAAUAUUCUUAAUAAUUAAAUAGAGAAUCAAUGUAUGUGGAAAUUAUUUUUUAGCUUAUUUUCACUGUAAUUUGUAAUAAAAUAUCUUUUUAAAUUUACCAAAUAUUUUCAUUGUGUAUUUUUCUAAGUCUGAAGCACUUCUGGAAGAAUUUGUGAACUACAUAAAGGUUAGUAGAUUUGAAAAAUUAAAUUUGUAAGCUUGGAUAAGAGUGGCUGAGUAGAUCAACUUUUAUAUUGAUGCACUGCUCCUACCUUCUGGUUCCACUCAAAAAACAAAAUAUUAACCCUUUAAUCCAUAAGAGUGACUGGUAUCUAAUUUUUCCUUACAAUAUCACCCCUGAAUCAAACAUUAAGGUUACAAGAAUAAGGGAAGUGAUCACCAACUAAAGAAGCUCUUGAUUGAUCGACAAAUUCUCCUUGUCAGCACCCUAGGAAAUGUUUAGAGAACAUUAUGGAGAAUGUGCACACUGAUGUUAGGGUGUAAAGGGUUGAGAUUUUAAAUGUGUAAUAUGUUUCUCUCAUAAUUUUUGUCUCUAAGGCUUUGUGUAAAUUUUGUAUUUAAGACACAAAGUGGCCUGAAUUUUUCUUGAAUCUUUAUAGUUCAUCUAAAAGUACCUCAAUUCCAAUUGUGCAUUAUAUUUCAGACUAACAAAGUGGUGUUGUUGGAGGAGCUAGCUUGUCAGUUUGGUCUUCGCACUCAAGAUGCUAUUGACCGACUACAAGCUUUACAGGAAAUGGAAAGGAUAACAGGUAUCAAGCAAUUAUUGUACAGUUGUUCAGUUAUCCACAACUCUUUUGUUACACUUAAUAGUGGCCAGGAAUAUUUUAGUACAUUUUACAAGGCCAGUUUUGUAGCUUGGUUGCUGUUCAUGUGGCAGCAUUGUGGUUUUUGCAGUGGACUCUGGAUCUGAAAGGGUGUGGGUUGUAGUUAUGGCUAUACUACUGUGAUUUGUUCUUGGGAAAGAUAAUUCACUCCCUCAGUACCUCCCUUCUCUUAGGGGUCUAAAUGGCUACUGAAAAUCUGUCUGGGAAGUCUGAUGAAAUGCUGGAGGUUAACCCUCCAAUGGAUAAGCAUCCAUCCCAGGAGAGUAACAGUGCUUUUAAUUGUUUAGACAACGUGCCAAUGAAACUAUGACAUACUCUCACAGGGUUGGCCUGAAGGCUCUUACAAUCACAUGCUGACUUGGCCUUUACUGUUUUUAGGGGACAAAGACAAUACUUAAAUGUUAAUGUGUGACAAAUGUAAUUUUGUUUAAAUGCAGUGUAAGGCUCAGACCAGACAUGGAAAAUGGUGAACAUGACAAAUUUUAGUUUUUCUUGGCACAAAAAGUUUGGACUUUCAGUGAAAUUUUUAUCAUCAAUAUUUCAUAUAAUGGUUUAUAAGCUUUCAAGUUUGAGUAGGCACUUAUUUGCUUAAACCAUGUCUUAGGAGUGACAGAUGAUCGGGGGAAGUUCAUUUACAUAUCCCCUGAAGAAUUGCAAGCUGUAGCUAAGUUCAUCAAGCAACGUGGAAGAGUGACGAUCAGUGAACUUGCAGAAAGCAGCAACACACUUAUCAAUCUACAGACAGAUAAGUCUCUCACUGAUUCUACACCAUUGGCUCAAGUAACAGCAUAAGAUUAUCCCUUGACACUAAGAGUGACGGGCAGUUUCUCCUUACAAUAUCACCCUGAAUCAAACAUUUAGGUCAGGAGAAUAAAGGAAAUGAUCACCAACUAGAGAUGCAUUUGAUUGUUAGAAAAAUUCUCCUUGUGAGCACGUUAGGAAAUGGAGAAUAUGCAUACUUAUGUAAAGGUUAAGCAAGUAUUGUGACAACCUUGACUGAUAACAAAGUUUCGAGAUAUUUAUUUUUCAUUGUGAAAAUGUCCAUGAUGCUAAUUUGUUAUACACUGUUUCAUUUUCCCUCUAUUCAUUUCACUGCACUUUUCAGUUUACUUUCAAAACUUCUUUGACAUUGAGAUUAACAUUAAAUGUAUAAAACUGUGUUUAGUGUUUAUCUGAACUUAAAAAAAAGUUUUUAAAUCAAACUGUUUAGAGGUGUGGAAUGAGACAAAGGAAAACAAAUCAGUGCCUAGCUCAAAUUCAUAUUUUGAAUCCUUGUGUGUGGAUAUUGGUGAUCUUUGGUUUAAACUUUUCGAACCAGUUUCAUUUUACUUUUACUAUGUUUCAGAUUGUAAUAAUGAUAACAAUGGUAAUAAUAAGAUACAAGAGAUAGAAAAAUACAGAACUGGUUUGAAAAGUUUUAAGCCCAAAAAUGAAAUUUGUUGUUGACUCCAAUACACUACAUGUAAAGUUCUGUGAAUUGUUAAAAUAACAGUACUUAAAUACUGUUUGCUCUCUGAUAAAUGUUAUCCAUGUGUGAAUCAAACAUUUGAAAAUACCACAGCUGUAGCUAUUGGUAUUGUCAGUUUGAAUUACUCCACUUGUGAACAAAUUGUAGUGGGGCAAGAGCAUUUUAUUGAAUAAAUAUAAUAUUGAAUUAAUAAUGCUACUUACAUAUUUUUUGGCAAGUGACUUCUGAUGUGUUCUUAGAAAGAAAAGUUAAACGAUAAAAGAAUAUGUACACAAAAGCAACUAACAUGUUAUAUCACCUACUCUGUAUUUCAGGUAAAAAUUUCAUAAGCAUAAAAGCAAUGGUGUAGUUAUCACACUUCAAGACUGUACUUGUCUAGUACUUCACAUAAAAGUCUAAGUAGAACAAGUAUGAUACAACAGUAUUCUCCUUUUCAGGUGAUAACUGCUUAAAUUAACUACCUGAAGUGCAUCUUAUUAAUGCCCAACAUGGCUUGGAAUUCCUGAAAA